AUGGAAAGAGGUACUGCAGAGAAUUCAUACUUGCUUAUGCAGUUGCAUAGAUCUAUGUCAGAGCGGCUUCGUGAUGCAACCAGCAGGUACAGUGAUGCCUUCUAUAAUAAGAAACGCAACUAUGAUAACAACUACCUGGAUUUUGGAUUUACAAGCAUCACUGAUAAAGGUGUAGUGAAACCUCAGUGUGUGAUUUGUCACAAAAUACUCACAGCUGAACCAUUAAGGUCCAGUAAGCUUAGAUUACAUCUGGAAACCAAGCAUCCUCAACAUGUUGGCAAAGAUCGUUCCUUCUUUAGUCGACAAGAAUUGAGCAUGAAGAGACAACGACUUGAUGCCAGUGGUUCCUUUCAUCAACAAAAUGCUGCCGUAUGUGCCAAGACAAUGGUAAAGCUUGUUUUGGGUGAGAAAAGUGCUGAAAAGCUGAGUACUAUUUCACUCUCAAAUAAUACAGUACAACGCCGAAUAUCCCAAAUAUCUAAUGACAUCAAAGAGCAGGUGGUACAGGAAAUCAAAAGAGCUGGAUUAUUCAGUAUUCAACUCGAUGAGUCCACUGACGUCCAGUCCUGCUCACAACUCCUGGCUUUUGUAAGGUAUGUUCAUGAUGAGGAUCUGAAGGAGGAAUUCUUGUUUUGUGAGCCUCUUGAACAAUCUACAAAAGGUGAAGAUGUAAUGCAGAAACUUACAGAAUUCUUUGAAUCUGAAGGUCUUGACUGGGGCAAUCUUUGUGGGAUAUGCACAGACGGGGCUCCAGCCAUGUUGGGUUCUCAGUCAGGUUUUGUUACAAGAGUUAUACAAAAAGCACCAAAUGCUAUCCCUCUUCACUGCAUGAUCCACAGGCAAGCUCUUGCAUCAAAAACGCUACCCUCAGAAUUACAGGACACUCUGAAUACAAUUAUAAAGACAGUUAACUUUGUAAAAGGUAGUGCUCUUAACACACGCCUUUUCAAGAGACUCUGCCAAGAUAUGGAUGCAGCUCAUGAGACCCUCCUAUUUCAUACAGCAGUUCGCUGGCUAUCAAAAGGAAAUGUAGUUCAACGUGUAUUUGAGCUCAGAGAAGAGAUCAGCCUCUUUCUCAGAAUACAGAACAAGCAAGAUUUGCUGUCAGCAUGGUCUGCAGAUAGCUUCGAAAUACGGCUAGCCUAUCUUGUUGACAUAUUUAGACAGUUGAACACACUGAACCUGGAACUCCAAGGGAAAGGAAGCUUGAUAAUCGAUUUUGUGGACAAAAUCAAAGCUUUCAUUCGUAAGAUGGAGAAUUGGAGGCGCAAAGUUGGAAUGGGAAACUUGGCAAUGCUGGAGACAGUGUCAGAAAUUGUAGAGAAGUGUGAUGCUGCUACGCAGAACUUGAUUACCCAACAUCUUGAGGCCUUGGAAGGGGAGUUUAAAAGAUACAUCCCAGAUAUCCAAAGCCUAAUUUCUCGGCUAGUAAGGGCCCCCUUCACUGCUCCAGUGACAUGCAUUCCUGAUGACAAUGAUAAUGGCCAAACUGAGCUGUUGACACUUCAGGAGGAUUCAAGAGCCAAGAUGAAGUUUGAAACUGAAUCUCUCACAGCGGAUCACCCUGCUGGGGACACUGAUGCGCCCUCGCCCAAGAGCAGCGAUCUGGGGAGGAACGGUGGCCGGUGGGAAGUGAUUGGGAGACAUUUUAGUUUAGCCCAGAUUGAACGAAAUCUGAAGUACGAGCUUUUAAAUUUGCCAGUUCCACGAACUGUGAGAAAUUUAAAACAGGAUCAGAAUCUGCCAUCACGAGGACACAGAUGCCAGGGAAUCGGCCAUCCACCAGCAUUUAAAGUUCCACUGGAAGGCCGUGGGAAUUGGGAUAUGGAAACCUUGGGAGCCUUGACGGUAGGUCUGGUUAUCUGGAUUCUGUCUGAUGCCUACACCCAUCAUCAUCACCGCCACCUCCGCCCCCACCCACGUCACCCACGUUGCAGUGAAGAAAAUAAGGAAGGUCAAGAGAAGAGAAGGAAGAGAAAACUGGAUGAAGAGAAGAUUGAUAUACUUAUGGCAGCCUAG